GUUACCCACUGACGAGCAUCACACAGUCAAGAUGAAUUCAAGGGUGAUUGUGUUUGUUGCCCUGCUGUGCAUCACUGGUCUCUGUGUGUUAUUGAGGGGAUCCAUGCCAGAAUUCCCCCAGCUGCAGAUAAGCCGCUGUGCUUGCGACACAUGUCUGACAGAGGAGGACCCAUGGCUUAUGCAGCAUUUAAACAAAUCUGUUCAACCAUUUUUGUCAGCAGACUACAGUCUCCCAGAGGAUGCUUUCAACUGGUGGAAGCGUUUACAGUUGGAAAGACGUGAUUACAGCUCCUACAGAACAACAAUGGACAGGUUGUUUAAGAUGUUUCCACCCAGUCCAGAUCUGAUAGAGUCCAGCCCUGAUCGAUGCAGGACUUGUGCUGUGGUGGGCAAUUCUGGUAAUUUGAGGGGAUCACAUUAUGGACCCCUGAUAGAUUUCCAUGAUGUUGUUAUAAGAAUGAAUACUGGUCGUACCAAAGGCUACGAAGCAGAUGUUGGUACCAAAACAACUCAUCAUAUCAUGUAUCCAGAGAGUGCCAUGGACCUGGAUAACUCCACUCAUCUUGUGCUGUUUCCAUUUAAGAUACAAGAUCUUGAGUGGCUCAUCAAGGCCUUCAGCACAGGAUUUUAUGGAAGGUCAUAUGUGCCAAUAAAAUCCACUAUUAAAGGCAACAAAGAUUUGGUGAUGGUGGCCAAUCCAGGUUUCAUGAGGUAUGUUCAUGAAUUCUGGUUAGAUAAGAAGGGCAGAUAUCCGUCCACUGGCUUUAUGGCAGUGAUUCUUGCCCUGCACAUCUGUGACGAGGUCCAUGUUUUUGGUUAUGGAGCAGAUAAAGAUGGAAAUUGGAGUCAUUACUGGGAAACACUCAAAAACAAAAAGUUAAAAACUGGAGUUCAUCCUGGAUCACAUGAGUAUUAUAGUAUCUUGCAGCUAGCUGAGCAAAAUAAAAUCAGUUUUUAUACAGGGUAUUGACCUUUAAAGUCAGAGUCCUUACAACUCAAGAGGCAGCUAUUACUAACUGAAUGACUCCCUUGCUGCACACAUUUACCCUUCAUC